UAGUGAAAAUGAAGCGAAGACAUACGUUGAGGUGUUGUUUUCUUUUAAUAUUGUUUUAUCAUUGCACAUCUGUUGUUAUAGCUGAAUCAAAUCUAAUAAUUUCUGACACACAAUGUGGAUUUUCGAGGGUUGAUGAAAGGCCAAGUGGUGGACGAAUAACAUUGGAUGGAGAAUUUCCGUGGACAGCAAGACUUCAUUACAAUAGAUCAAAGACAUCGUGUGAAGGUACACUAAUUAGUAAAAGAAUAGUUUUAACGGCAGGUCUAUGCCUAACGAGAAAGACUCAAAAAAGGCUCGGUCGGUUAAUGACGGUUAAUCUUGGAGACCACAACUGUAGACCUCACAAGCAAUGCAAAGAUGAACAUAUAAAUAUACCUGUUGAAAAACUGUUUAUCCACAGAGAACUUAAAACUGAAGGACCAAUGCCUCAAAAUAAUAUUGGUAUAGUAAAAUUAGCUCAAGAUGUAGAAUUUAACGAGCAUAUAAAACCAAUAUGUUUACCAAAAUUUGACGAUGAAGUUGUAGCUGACAAUUGGGUGACAGAAACAGGUUGGGAUGUACAUAAAAACAAAAAACUUAAAGUAGAUUUGCCUGUAAUAUCCUAUAAGGAAUGCUCGAAGCUAUAUUUCAAUAGUCGUAUACCAAUAUAUAAUAAUCAACUUUGUGCAGGUGGAGAAACAGAUGAUUCCUGUGUUGCACUUUCGGGAGGGUCACUAAUGUCUAAAAGAAAAGACGCUCCUAAUCAGUGGUAUUUAGAAGGAAUUGUAUCUGCGGGACCCAGACAGUGUGCUGUAGGAGGCCUUCCUAACGUUUAUACCAAGGUACAACCUUAUUUGAACUGGAUCCAAGAAUAUAUGGGAAAAUAAAUAUUUAUAUAACAAAUAGAAGCACUGAUCAAAUAAAAGCAUUUGAUAUUUUAGUAUAUAUAUGUGACUUACGUAAUAUUAGUCAUAACUGCAAACAUGUAUUUU